GCAGCAGAUUUGGGAAGAGCGCAGAGUGGACACGCUACCGUUAAACACUCUCUCUCUCCCUCACACUCACACACACACACUCCGAGAUCCGCCUGAACACACACCGCGAUGGACGGAACCAGCGAACGGCAGAGUUUCGGAAGGUAACCUGGAGUGUUGAUGCUGUAGGGUCACUAGAGCUCCUCGCAGAUGUCUGGCUCGGGGCUGAUGGGUCGCGUGAGGUCGGCGUUCCGCAGGCAGCCGGACAGCUGGCACCUGAGCGACGCGGCGGCCUUCGACUUCUCCGACGAUCUGGAGGACGACGAGCCGCCCAGGUUCAGCCAGCUGAAGGUGGUGGUGUCUGGAGAAGCGGACGAGAUUCCUGUGGCUUCACGCAACGGCGCAGCGGUCAGCACACUGCUGGUGGACGACGACGACUCUCUGCUGGGCUCCUCGUCCAGUCUGGGGAGCCCUGGGGCCACACUGGACCCCUGCGACGGAUGCCGCAGGAACAGAGAGCUCGACAAGCGCAGGAGGGUGAUGAGGAAGCUGGGCGUCGCUGCGCUGCUCUACUUCCUGUUCAUGGUGGGCGAGCUGAUCGGUGGAUACGUGGCCAACAGUCUGGCCAUCAUGACGGAUGCGCUGCACAUGCUGACGGACCUCAUCGGGAUCAUGGUGUCGCUGCUGGCGCUCUGGCUCUCAGCCAAACCUCCCUCCUACAGAUUCACCUUCGGCCUCCACCGGCUCGAGGUUCUGUCCGCAGGAAUCAGCGUGCUGCUGAUCUAUAUUCUGACCGGUGUGCUGCUGAACGAGGCUGUGCAGAGAACCGUCCAUCAGGACUUCAACAUCGACGGAGACGUGAUGCUGAUCACAGCCGCGGUGGGCGUCGCCGUCAACCUGCUGGUGGGCUUCCUCCUCAAUCAGUCCGGUCAUUUUCAUUCACACGGCCACACCCACUCUCACGGGUCACCGGGGCGGGGUCAGGGUCAGCGGGGUCACGGCAGUCUGGCGGUGCGAGCGGCCUUCAUCCACGCUCUGGGUGAUCUGGUUCAGAGCGUCGGUGUGCUCAUCGCUGCGUACAUCGUCAGGUUUAAGCCGGAGUAUAAGCUGGCCGAUCCCAUUUGUACAUACCUGUUCUCCAUACUGGUGCUGUUCAGCACAAUCCAGAUCAUCAGAGACACCGGCAUCAUUCUGCUGGAGGGUGUUCCGCGUCAUGUGGACGUGUCUGGAAUCAGAGCUGAUCUGCUGAAGCUGCAGCAUGUGGAGUGUGUGGAGGAGCUGAAGCUCUGGGCGCUGACGGCUGAUAAAACCGCAGCCAUCGUUCACCUGCAGCUCGCGCCGGGGAUUGUGGGUAACUGGGAGGAUGUGCAGUCAAAUGCGCGGCGGCUGCUGACGACGUCACACGGCGUGACACACUGCACGGUGCAGCUGCAGACGCACAGACAGGGGGCGCCACAGUCCUGCACACACUGCCUCACACCCAGUGCCUGAACACCGUCUGUCUCUCGCUGUCUCACACACACACACACACACACACACACACUGACACACACUGACACACACGCACACACUCACUCA